AACAAAAGUCAAAAAUUAAUUAGAAUAUAGGUUAACUUACUGAUGUCUGUUGAUGGCCUUUUUAAACAAAAAUGUAAUAUAACUUAUGACAAUAAAGAAUAAUCUACUAUAUGUUAAGAGAAAAAUGUUUAUCAAAAAGCUGCUUCGUCAAGGACCUCAAUUAUACAAGCUAGCGAACCAAGUUAAUAAGUCCCCCAGAUAUUUCAACACUUCGAGCCGCUAUUUUAAGAAAAACGAAGACGAUAAUGACCAAAAAGACAAAUCCGUCAUGAUAAGAGACAUGUUUUCCGAUUGCAAGAACAAAAACAAGAACACUUACCUUCAAAUGAUUAAUAUUUUCAUUAAUCAAGAACAUGUUUAUCGAAGGGGCCAUGUAGAGUUCAUCUAUUCCGCUUUGAAGCAUAUGCAAGAGUUCGGGGUGGAGAGAGAUCUCGAGGUUUAUCGAGCAUUAAUUGAUGUUAUGCCAAAAGGAAAAUUCGUCCCGGAAAAUAUAAUUCAAGCAGAGUUUAUGCAUUACCCAAAACAACAACAGUGCAUCAUAGAUUUGUUACAACAGAUGGAAGAAAAUCAUGUUUUACCAGAUUUCGAUAUGGAAGAUCAGCUGGUUGCUAUCUUUGGUAGAAGGGGAUAUCCAGUUAGAAGAUUUUGGAGAAUGAUGUACUGGAUGCCAAAGUGGAGAUAUGCCUCACCUUUUCCCCUUCCAGAUCCUCUUCCAAGUGACACCUAUGAGCUAGCAAAGCUCGCUAUAGAAAGAAUAAGCAAUGUAGAUCCCACAAACCAAGUUACAAUAUACCACACUGCUGAUAUUAAAGACUCUGUGGAUGACACAUGGAUUAUUGGUGCCCAAAGUGUAACCCAAAAAAGAUUAUUAAGUGAAAAUGAUCCUAAACAUCCAGUGUUUGUUGAGGGACCCUUCAGUGUAUUUCUUAGAGGAAAUUACAUUAACUAUUUCAUGUUGCGUGGACAAGCUAGGACAUUUGAUGAUACCAUUGAAGAUGCCGACAAUGUAGAAAACAUAAAAAAUAUAAAGGGUUCAUUUUUUAGUUACAAGCCACCUAUAAAGAGUAUUGUGCAAGUGCCAUCAGUGCAUGAGCAAGAAGACGGUGUCAUUUAUGCUCUUUGUGCAACAGGAACUUCAUCGAAAGAUUCAUUACUCUCAUGGAUAAGGCAUUUGGAGCUUGAUGGCAAUCCAGUCAUAGCUAAUUUAUCAAUAGUAUUUACAUUAAGGACUGCAUCAGCAGAAAUAGCAACAGUGGAAAAAGAAAGGGAGAGGCAGAAACAAGAAGAUCCAGAGAAAAUUGGAGACAGUUGAUCAUAGUGAAAUUAAAAUUAUGGCUUGUUGAAUAAAUAAUGUUGACUUUUUAA